AUGACUCUAGUGCCUAAUCCAGACCAAGCUUCGGGACGGGUUUUUUAUCUACCGCAUCAUGCAGUGGUGCGUGACAACAGUACAACUACGAAAAUUCGAGUCGUUUUUAAUGGAUCUGCACUUACGACACGCAAAAUCUCAAUCAACAGCUUACAGUACGCUGGGGCCAAGCUUCAGAAUGAUCUCGCAGAUGUAAUCACUCGAUGGCGUCGAUACGCGUAUGUUUUCACAGCAGACAUCGAGAAGAUGUACCGUCAAAUCGGAGUACAUCCCGACGACUGGGAUCUGCAGCGAAUUCUAUGGAGAAAAAAUCCACAGGAUCCUGUAUCAACAUAUCAACUGUGUACGGUAACUUAUGGACUUAAAAGCGCCCCGUAUCUGGCCUUACGCGUACUCCGACAGCUCGCAGCUGACGAAAAAUCCCGAUUUUCCCUCGCAGUGAACAUCAUCGAACGAGAAAUCUACGUCGACGACGUUCUAUCAGGAGCCGACGACGUUGAAGGAGCAACAGAAAAAAUUCGCCAAAUCAACGAGUGCCUCGCCAGUGGCUGCUUCAACUUACAAAAAUGGACCUCAAAUGGCGAGGAAUUACUCGAAAAGAUACCGCAAAAAAAGAGGGACAUAUCGCAGCUCGUUUCCAUUGAAGAUAACAAUCCAGUGCGAGCGCUCGGGCUCCUAUGGCAUGCAAAUUCCGAUUCCUUCAAAUUCUCCUCGCCUCGUCAGCAACAACACUCUCAACCCACUAAACGUAAUGUUCUCUCACGAGUUGCUCAGAUCUUUGACCCUCUCGGUUGGAUCGCCCCAGUUGUCGUUCGUGGAAAAAUUUUCAUUCAAGAGCUGUGGUCAGCUGGUCUAAAUUGGGACGAUCCGCUUCCCAAAAUUCUUGCAACUCGCUGGAGAAUCUAUGAAGAAGAACUCAAGGAUAUUGCUCUUAUCUCGGUGCCACGUUAUUUCGGUAGUCGAGCAAACCUUGCAGCAUCGCAGUCCGUCGAACUGCACGGUUUUUCAGACGCAUCACAAAGUGCCUUGAGUGCAGUAGUUUUUCUUCGCCUGCUUACGGAAAGCAACGACAUCCGAGUAUCACUUGUUGCGGCGAAAACAAGGGUAGCCCCGUUAAAAAAAGUUACAAUUCCGCGGCUGGAACUAUCUGCAGUCGUGCUGCUAGUUCGGCUCGUCUCGCACCUUCGAAAAGUACUCGAACUCGAAAACGCCACGAUUCACCUCUGGACGGAUUCCACCGUUGCGCUGGCUUACAUCAGUGGAGAUCCGUCUCGUUGGACGGAAUAUGUCCGCAACCGCGUUAAUGAAAUUCGAGAAAUUGACCAAUCUCAAUGGCACCAUGUCUCAGGCAAGGAAAAUCCAGCCGAUUGCGCGUCAAGAGGCAUUAGCCCGCGGCAGUUACAAGAAGACAGCCUCUGGUGGAAUGGGCCCGUUUGGUUGUCGCAGCAUAUAUCAUCGUGGCCCUCAUUGCAUCCACCAGUCCAUCCAGACGUCGCCCUUGAGCUCCGCAAAUUACACGCACACAUUGUCAACACCGACGAUCGCACCAUCAUAUGGGACCUCGUACAACGCUAUUCCAGCCUUACAAAGCUCUUACACGUUUCCGCUUGGUGUUUCCGAACAUCUCGAAAAUUUCUACAGAGGCAGGACGCCCCCAGCAGAGAGAGUCCACUCACGCCGGCCGAACUUGAGCAUGCGCGUCUUUUUUGGGUCAAGGCGACCCAGUCAGCGUAUUUUAACGCAGAGAUACAACUUCUCUCAGAAGAAAAACAACUUCCGCGAUCCAACCGUCUUCUGCGACUGGCCCCGUUUGUCGACUCCAACGGUUUGCUGCGAGUUGGCGGCCGUCUUCACAACUCUCCAUGCAACUAUGACGAAAAGUACCCAUUAAUACUACCGCAAGAAGCUUCCUUUACUACACUUGUCAUAGACCAAGCUCAUCGAAAAACUCUCCAUGGGGGUACUCAAGUUACCCUCGUCACACUCCGAAGCCAAUACUGGGUAGUUGGAGGCCGCGUACCAGUCCGUAGCUUCAUACGACGAUUCAUUACGUGUAUACGGAAUCGCGCAAUGCUCGGGUAUCAACUGAUGGGGCAAUUACCGCCCUCGCGAUUCAGUCAAGUGCGCCCGUUCAUCAACUCCGGAGUUGAUUACGCCGGUCUGAUCUUCUUACGGACAUUUCGUGGUCGCGGUGCCAGAACGUACAAAGGAUACAUAGUCGUCUUUGUUUGCUUCUCAACUUCCGCAAUUCAUUUAGAAAUGGCUACAGAUUACUCCUCAGAGGGAUUCAUAGCAGCAUAUAAGAGGUUCACGAGCCGCCGAGGGAUUUGCGAAACCUUAACGAGUGACUGCGGGACAAACCUCGUCGGCGCAGACGCGGAAUUGCGAAGACUCUUCCAGGCAACGUCCAAAGAAUUCUCUACUAUCGCUACCUCUCUAGCAAACGAUGGAACUUUAUGGAAAUUCAACCCCCCUUCUGCCCCUCAUUUUGGGGGAAAGUGGGAAGCCGCCGUAAAAUCCGUGAAAUUCCAUCUCAAAAGAGUCAUUGGCGACUCACGACUCUCGUACGAAGAGUACGCUACGCUACUCGCACAGAUAGAGGGAGUUUUGAACUCUCGCCCGCUUUGUGCACUUUCAGACGACACAUCAGACCUUUAUGCGCUCACUUCGGGACAUUUUCUGAUCGGUUCCGCUCUUAAUGCCAUUCCGGAACCAUCUCUCGGCCAUCUUCCAACCUCUCGGUUAUCCCGAUGGCAGUUGUUGAGACAAAUGCUGGAGCAUUUUUGGUCCCGUUGGAGUUCGGAAUAUUUGCAACAGAUGCAACUGCGUGCAAAAUGGCAUUACCGCACGAACGCAUUGAAAAUUAAUUCUCUCGUUCUCAUCAAGGACGAGAGAUAUCCACCAAACAAAUGGGCCCUUGGCCGAGUCGUCGAACUGCACCCUGGAAAAGAUGAUCUUGUUCGCGUUGUGAGUGUCCGUACUCAGCAUUCGACGUAUAAACGACCAAUCGUCAAGCUAUGCCUUCUACAGAGUCCUGACACUGACAAACCGAAGGACACUUCUGCGGACUAA